AAAAAAAGUGCGGAGGCGAAGGGUGGCAGAGGUAGAGGAGAGGGAAAAUGCAGAUCUUCGUGAAAACUCUGACUGGGAAGACCAUAACACUAGAGGUCGAAUCGAGCGACACCAUCGACAAUGUCAAGGCCAAGAUUCAGGACAAAGAAGGUAUUCCUCCGGACCAGCAGCGUUUGAUCUUCGCCGGUAAGCAGCUAGAAGAUGGCCGUACUCUCGCCGACUACAACAUCCAGAAAGAAUCGACUCUUCAUCUUGUUCUGAGGCUUAGGGGUGGCAUCAUAGAGCCGUCACUGAUGGCAUUAGCUCGAAAAUAUAACCAGGACAAGAUGAUCUGCCGCAAAUGUUAUGCUCGUCUGCACCCUCGUGCUGUCAACUGCAGGAAAAAGAAGUGCGGGCAUAGCAACCAAUUGAGGCCCAAGAAGAAGAUCAAGUAGAUAGCUGACCGCAUGCCAUUGCUGAUAGACUUUAAGGGGAUAAAAGUGUAGUUUUAGACCCGUGUUUAUCUAGACGCUUAUGUUACUUUGUGUUGAUUGUCAUGGAGACUUGAUCUAGACGCUUGUUUACUUUGUGUUGAUUGUCAUGGAGAUUUG